AGACAUGGUGCUAAUUACUGAGAACCAGUUCCAUGAUGUCAUUCAGAGAUGGCGAGACACCCCAGAUGACCGUUUGAAACCAGAGGACCACAAGCUCUUCCACAAUGUUGGAUCCACAUGUAUUUCUCAAGGUGACAGUGCCCAAAUGCUGAAUUUCAUUCAGGAUGACAAAAACCAGAAUAUAGUGAGAUCUAUGGGCUGUGGCCUCUUGGGAAUUCUGGUGAAUGAGAUGCAGAGGAAGAAUAAUUCUGACUGUCAGAUCAUUAUCACACACCUGACAAAGACAUGCAGACCAAAGGAGGUCCUGUUUGCUUUGCUUGAACCAUUAAAGGAUAUUCAUCCUGAUGCCAUUGCAGACACUGUCACGGUUGUCACCCCUCAUCUUCAGACAGCGCUGCUGCGUCUGGGGGAGGACAAGGCCCCCUCGGUGGGGCUGUCUCUGUCGGCUCUGCAGAAGCAGGUGUCCAGGCUGCCUGUACCCUACACUCCCCAGCAGGAAAAGGACGACGGGUACGGCCUGUGCCGCUGCUGCGCCGCCCUCACCGCCUUCCUGAGGCCCUUCGUGGAGGAGGUGAGGAGAGGAGACGGCGUUUCCCCUCGAGACGACGGGCUGCUGAGGACCGAGCUCCUCAAGUUUUGUAUGGAGAGCCUUAGAGAGCCUCUCCUUCAGGCACAACUAGACCAAGUCACGACGGAACGAUCACCCAUGUGGGUUUACGCAAGAGACACACUGGUCACCCUCAUGGCCGUCCAGGAGUCUCUUCCUGAUCUCCUGUUCUACGGCUCUCUGAGGAAGAACCUUGCGGUUGACGACGCCCAGGAGGUCCAGGCUCGUGCCUGCUUGGCGUACCUGAUCUUCGUCCAGUUCAUCACCAUUGAGAGCUUCCCAGCUGUCUUCAGUCCUGUGUUCGUUCUGCAGUGCAACAUGGAAUAUAUCAACCUGUUAUUGAGCAGGAAGGAUGAAUCUUGGCUACUCAAAGGCUUGGCCUUGUAUGCAAAAAGCUUGGAGCUAGUUGAAGACCGCAGCCUCCCAGUUGAGCUACUGGAACUGAAGACUUUUUACACAGUUCCACAGAACCUGGUGCAAAUCCUGACUGAUUGUCCGAUCAAGCACUUGAGAGAAAGAGGGCUAAAUGUUUUCCAGCUCUUCAUAGACAAAUUGGAUGUUGAGGCAAAACACAAGUUCUUCAGGUGCAUAUUAAAAACUACUCAGCAUGCAGGAGUAGAGGGUUAUGUGAUCAAGAAUAUCAAGAAUCAGGUUGAAUACUCUAUGAAGCCAGGUAAUAUGAACAGCCUGUUUCUGGGAGACCAGUUUCUCCCCUUGCUGAGCCUGGUGCUGUGUUUGCCCCAAGGCCCCGAGACUGACCUCCUACACGGCAUGGACAGGAUCAUGGAGUCUCUGAAUCUUUUACGUCUCCUGGUCAUCAGAGACAAGGAAUGGAAGAGAACUACAGGGGUAUGGAUGGAACUGUGUAAGAUUAAGGACGACUUCCUGAAGCUACUGCGCGUGUGCCUGAGCAUGUCGAGAUCUUACUACUUAACGCAGGUCAAGACCAUGAGAGAGGACCGAAAGAUACAAGCAAGAGAGGCCAGAAUGGCUCAAACAAGCAUGGUGGUCAAAAGCAUGACCGUGAAACAGGAAAAGGUGUCAGACAUGCCCCCUGAGAUCCAGUAUCAGGUACUGCAGAGCGCGUUGGUUACAUUUGAUCUGAUGGAAAGCAUUAUUUUCCGGAUUGAAGAGAUUAUAAAAGAGAAAGAAGAACACCAGCAAUAA